UCCGGGGUCGGUGUUAGAGGACGCCGUUCUAAUCGACUGCCGACUCUCACAGUGCUGACCAUGAUCGGCGUUUUCCUUUAAGAGCGUCGCGCUCGCUGCCUGGAAUACACGUCAUCUGGCCGCUGAGCGUCAGGAUCAAUGAGGUUCCGCUCUGCGCGGUGCGUUGCGCUCCUGUGAGCGACGCUUCCAGGAAGGUGUUAACCAUCGCGCUGCCGCAAUGUAGCGCCUGCCCCGUUUGCGCUUUUACGAAUAACAAAACAAAGAAGUUGAAGAAUUCAUCGCGGGGCGACGCCAAUGGACGUGCGAGCGAAUUAACAUCGCCUGCGCGUGCGAGCGGAACAUUUAUCCGGGUGGAUGCGGACAGUUUUGCGGCUUUAUAUCACGGAAAAACAAGGAAGAGGAAAGUGGAAACACAAGAACUUCCUGAAUUUCAACGAGACAUGUCCGAUUCCCCCUCGCCGCUCAUUAUCAAGCAGGAGAGGAGUGCUUUCAGCCCGUCCGCCAGUCCGUUGCCAAAUUCCACUUCCUCUCCCGGUCAUGCCUUGCCCCCUUCUGCAAAUGCCAGAACUGAGGAGGAACAAAUGGGACUGCCUGCACACCUGCGCAUGCAGCCGGUGUUUUGGAGCCGGGAGGACGUGUCGCAGUGGUUGCGGUGGGCGGAGCAUGAGUUUGCGUUGCGGCCGAUCUCCAGCGCCAGUUUCCAGAUGAACGGCAAAGCUCUGCUGCUGCUCACCAAAGAAGACUUCAGAUACCGAUCUCCACACUCAGGAGAUGUUCUCUAUGAACUACUGCAGCACAUUUUAAAACAGAGGAAGCCGCACGCGCUCUCGUCCACAUACUUCACCGCCGGAUCCUUCCAUCCGCUCGCUGAUACACCACUGCAACAACACAAACUUGAAGAAACGGUACGCCGGCCACCGCGUGGUACAGACAGUCUGUCGCUGCAGCCGCCCACCAUUGAACUGCGUCACCGCUCACGCUCACCCCAUCACACCAUGCCACUGCGCUCGUCCGGCGAGCAUCUCCGACCCACCUCGGCCGAAGACCCUCAGCAUGCGUUCACCCAGCUGCCAGACAGCAACCAUCAUCUCCCAGACGACAUGUACCCGCUGUCUGUGUCACCCGCCGCCCCAAAUGGGCACUGCGGCCUUCCUCGCGAUGUCCCGCAGCCCAUGAGCCCGUGUCAGGAAGAGGCAGUGCCACCCCGUGUCAUUCAGCUCAUGCCCAGCGCAAUUAUGCACCCCCUGCUGUUGAGCCCAGGCAGAGGGGUGACCCCAGGUGACUUCAGGCACAGCCGUGCGACCCCUCAGGAAAAUGGACGAGAGGGCAAAGGUCAACACCACAACCCUGUCCACUAUCCCCCACAUGCUCUGAACCUCGGAGGACAUCAAGCAGCUCUGCAAGGACACCCCCUACAGGACGAUCGACAUUACCGCAGUCAGAUCAUCAUGCCCGUUUCGCCGCCUGAGGAACAGGGCACGCUCAUGGGCCGCAUUGCUGACUGCAGAUUGUUAUGGGAUUAUGUCUAUCAGCUGCUGUCUGACAGUCGCUAUGAGAAUUACAUCCGCUGGGAGGACCGCAAUACCAAAGUCUUCCGGAUCAUGGACCCUAACGGUCUGGCUCGCCUGUGGGGGAACCAUAAGAACAGGACCAAUAUGACCUAUGAGAAGAUGUCGCGGGCGCUGAGACACUACUACAAACUCAACAUCAUCAGGAAAGAGCCGGGACAGAGACUGCUGUUCCGGUUUAUGAAAACGCCCGAUGAGAUCAUGAACGGACAGACGGAUCGUUUGGAGCAUCUGGAGUCGGACACAGAUGAUCAAAUCUACGUGAAGGAGGAAUGCUGAGCUGAUCCGAGCUCAAGAGCAUGAACUUCUAAAGCCGAAGAUGCCUCAGUUCACCCUCUGACCUUUGAACUCUCAGCGUUUCCGCUCAGAGGGACACUUUACUCCACUGCGUCUAUCACAUCUGAUUUUAUUGUCAUUUUUAAGUCUUAUAUUUCAACUUCAGAAGGUGACAAUCAUUUUAAUGAUCAAUACUCCUUUUCCAAAUCAAAUGUAGAAAUUGCUGGUGCAGCUCCUUUGUGGUUGGUAAGUAUAUUGUACGAAGACAUGUUGCGAUUUCUAUAAGGGAUUACUAGAAUGCUGGUGAAAAUGUGAUUAAAUUCUACAUUAAAUUUUACUGAGUGA